CUUCUCGGCGUGUUCGUUCGGCGCGCACCACAGAAAAUCGAGCUUGAACUCAACAGUUCAGCAAAUCUAUCAAUUCAAUUAUUAACCUAAACUAUUUUUAAUUGAAAGUGCAAUAUUAAUCAACAAUAAUUUGUAUUGUAUGAAGUUGAUUUAAACGCCAUCUAUCGUUACUCUCGAAAAACUCGGCCAUGCAUAAUCAAAAACUGUUUGUGUUAUUCUUGUUGUUAACAGCGGCAGCCGCUGUUAGUAGUGAUGUUGAUGUGGAAGCAGCAGAUUCAGAUGGUAACACAAUCAGCACAUCGACGCCUGGCAUACAUCAGUUGCCAAGAAAUUUGGUUAAACGUGCACCGACCUCCAGCUUUAUUGGUAUGAGAGGUAAAAAAGAACAAGAGGCGGCAGCUGAUGUGAAUUGGUUGGGCCCGGAUCCGAUAGACUAUGGUGAGGACGGUGAAAGCAACUUUUACAAUGAGAAUGGGCAGAGAUUGAAAAAAGCACCAAUGGCAUUCGUUGGGGUCCGCGGGAAGAAGUUCUCGACUGGCAACAGUCAUCUGCGAGACUUAAUUCAAAACAUGGAGGAGGAACGCAUUCGCGAAUCAUUCCUGCAAGACUUUCUUGAACGUUUGGCGAUCGAUGGCGGGGAUGUGGGGAAACGAGCACCGACGGGCUUUACCGGCAUGAGAGGCAAACGACCUACAAUGGCUAAUGGUGAAGUUUCUGAUGAUGAGGUCGACGCAUUAGAGUUGCUUGAAAAACGCGCUCCAGUCAACUCAUUUGUUGGUGUACGCGGAAAAAAGGAUGUCUCGCAUCAACAUUACAAGCGAGCUGCACUAUCAGAGUUGUGGCGCAAACUCUUUAAAAAGGCUUACGAUGUCCGAGGAAAAAAACAACGGUACGCGGAUCUUAACAACAAAUUUGUGGCUGUGCGCGGAAAGAAGAGUGAUCUGAUGAUUGACGACGACUUGGAGCAAAAUGUGGUGCACCCUUGGGUCUAUCUGAUCGGAGAGAAGCGCGCGCCCAACGGCUUUCUUGGCAUGAGGGGCAAACGUCCAGUCAUUGAGGAGUAAACACAACUGGUGGCAAAGAUAGGCGAGCGCUUUCCUCAUUUACAUUUGAUAGUCGGAAGUUCCUUUUAAACUAGGCAAAAUUUGUAUAAAUGUUUAAAUAAUCACUGGGCUGGGGAUUAUUUGAAACUUAAUAUACACAGCACAACACACAAACUACGUACAUUCAUCUUUAGACUCUGUAUUCUCUGUUAUCUAACAUAAGCUCUAUAGUUUGAUGUAAUGUUAACGAGAGUAAUGUAAAUCAAAUUGACAUCACAUUUUGUGGGGCUUAGCUUCAUGUAAAACAAAAUUAAAUUAUUUACAAAUCUAUUUAAAUGAAAUUAAUCAAAAUUAAAUCUUAAUAUGUACCUUAAAUAUAUUUCCCGAAAACGUAUGUAAGUUUCAUUUGUUUUCAAUUAAUUUUUGGAAAAAAUAUAUAAAUGGUAUAUACUGAAUAUAAAAGACCUAUUAUAUU